AUGGGCGCCGCCGGGCGGAACUCCAAGGCGCUGGACCGGAUCACCGGCCUGGACCCGGCGGGCGUCGGUUUCCAGGACAGCAACGUCGACAAGCGGCUGAACCGCCUGGACGCCACCCUGGUCGAUGUCAUCCACACCGACGGCAUGGACCUCCCUUACUUUGGCACACUGGUUCCAAUGGGCCUGGUCGACUUCUACCCGAACUACGGCUGGAACCAGCCCAGCAAGGACCGCUCUCGCAGCGAGAAACCGGACCUGGAGAUGGACGCGAAGCACCACAAGGUGGCGCAGCCCUCGCCCUACGGCGGCUACAUCAGCGACUCGCACGGCCGGGCGAUUGACUUUUUCCUCUGGUCGGUGGGCCACCGGGGCGCCUUCCGCACCCACCUGAAGUUGGAUGGCGAGCCGGACGUCGAGUCGGCAGUGCACCGCAUCAUCACCACCGGCGUCAAUGGGCGGGAGGAGGUCACCGCCGAGAUGGGUUACUUUUGUGACCGUUUCAUGGAUGAGCAGCUGGCGGAGAAGGCACAGAAGCAGCAGCAGCAGGGAGGACCACAGGCCUCUUUUGCCAAGCCCCGCAGCGACGAUUUCACCAAGUAUGACACCUUCUCAGGCUGCUUCUACGUGCACACCAACGGCACCAGCCCGUGGUCGUGA